GGAAUACACAUACAAUUGACAAUUUAAAAUCUAGUGGACGUGAACAGCUAUGCUCAAACUAAUCGUUGCUUGUUUGUUACUGGCUCUUGCAGCUACAGUAACUGAAGGAAAAGUAUACACUCAAUGUGAAGUUGCCUCCGCUCUAAGAGCUAAGGGAGUGCCAGAGGACCAAGUAGCUACCUGGGUCUGUAUAGCACAUGCAGAGUCUGAUUUUGAUACUACUGCAAUAAAUAGCAAUACUUGGGACUAUGGAAUCUUCCAGAUUAGUUCCAUAUAUUGGUGCGAAUCUGGUGACUCUGCAGGCAAUGGCUGUGGAAUAAGUUGUAAUAGUUUGCUUGCUGACGAUAUUUCCGAAGACAUUGAUUGCGUUCAACGGGUUUAUGCAGAAACAGAAGCAAUUGGUCAAGUCCCUGGAUUUAAGGCUUGGACUACAUAUGCUGGAAACUGCGAUGGUGACAACAGUGCCUGGAUUGCCGGAUGUUAAAAUUUCAUCGUUUUUACUGAUACUGUGUUUUCAAAUUAAAUUAUCUGCAGUAAUAAA